UAUCAUAUUGUUUGCAUCCAAGCCAGCUCCUUGUCGAGAUUUCAAUGAUGGGACUAUGCUUGUGAAGAUGAACAUUGCAUCGCAUAUACACAAGCUGGACUGUGUUGCUCUUGACGGUGGCUACAGUGGGUUCGUUAGACAAAUUGUCGAACCAUCAGAUGCACUGUCCUACGAAAAUUUCUCUUAUCCUGUGCGCAAGACUAGGGGGAUCGCCAUGACAGACCAAGAGUUACAUUACAAUAAAGCGUUUGACGCAAAGACGUUUGAUCUCCAAUUCAAGCUUUGUUGCCUGCUUAUGAAUAUCAAGAGAGUCGUGUCAAUCCAUAAUAUCCCCACUCAGACGCACCACACAUUCUGGAUGCAAGAUGCGUUUGACUUUCCAGACAAUAAUGAGUAUCAGGUUGCUUAUGAGAAGCUUCCCAGCAUCAAAGUCAAACUAAAUCAUGGUCGAAGUCUUUUAGAACUACAAGAAGCGUUCCUAUCUGUAGCUAGUUCGCAGCCUAACACACUAGACAUUGCAGAUGAGACUAUGGCAGAGACAGCGCAGGAGGGAUACGAGGUUGCUAGGAUUUUAGACCAUCGCGGGGAAGGUGAGGACAUGGAGUUUCUGGUUCAAUGGGAAGGCUUUGAUAUCUCUGAGGCAACAUGGGUGGCUCUACAGCAUUCCAACUACAAACAGUGCAUCCAAGACUAUUGGAGAACCAAAAUCAGCUUCUAG